AUGAAAUGCAUUGUACCAGGAGCAAAUGUAAAAAUUUUAGCAAAAGCUGUACAUACAUUAGCAAAAAUUGGAAAUGAAAUGUUCAUAGAACCACAAAAAAAUGCUAUAUCAUUUCGAACUGUUAAUAUGGCAAAUUCAGCAUAUGCUGAUUUUACGUUGUUUGAAAAUUAUUUUUCAUAUUACGUUUAUGAUGACCUACAGGAAAAUGAUGCAUUGAAAUGUAAAAUUUCAAUGAGGAGUGCAAUGACUGUAUUUAAGGCUCCAAAUUUAAUAGACAAACAGGUGGAAACAUGUCAUAUUCGAUUAGAACCAAAUGCAUCUGACAUUUUGUUUAUUUUAAAGUACAAAAACAGUAUUAUUAAAACUCAUUUAUUACCCAUUUUGGACUGUGAAAUAUUACAGACUGCAUAUGAUAAAGAAUGUGCAUCAAAUAAACUUUCAUGUCAGUCACGACUGUUGGGAGAUGCAGUACAAAAUUUUCAUCAAAAUUUAAUUGAAAUAACACUUGAAGUGUCAGAACAAAAACUUUUAUUAAGAAAUUAUCUCGAUGAGACUUCAGGUUUAUCGAAUACAACACGUACGCUACUUGCACUUGGCAAGGGAGAAUUCGAUCGGUAUAAUAUUGGUAGUGAAACAUCAAUUACUUUUUGUAUGAAAGAAUUCAGAUCCAUUUUAAAUUUUGCAGAAAGUAUAGGUACUUUACUUAACAUACACUUUGAAGAUGCAGGAAGACCGGUUAUAUUUGCAAUAAAAAAUCCAUCUUUUGAAGUAAAUUUAGUAUUAUCCACAUUAAGUUCUGAUGCAGAUAGCCAAACAGAUACAACGUUAAUUAGUAAUCAUGAAAAAUCUGUAAGAAGAAGAACAGGGAACAAGCGAGUUUCUAGGAAAACCAAUAAUAAAUCUACAAGUAGAAUACAGAAUAAGUCAACAAAACUCAAUACAAGAGGAAAUGCUACUACUAAAAAUAUACAUUUAGGUUCCAUGGAGGAAAAAAAAGUGGAAAAUCAAAAUACUUCUAAAAAACAAGCUAAUUCUUCAGUAAAUAUAUUUAAUACAUCAACAAAAGAUAAUGAAAAUAUACAUAAAGCAACUUAUUCGUCAGAAAAACGUAAUACUCAACAAGAAUUUCAGAAGUGUUCUUUGUCUAAUUGCGACACGAUUGUAAAAUCUAAUAAAACAUCUAUAGAAAAAAAAAGAUUAGUCAAUUCUAUAUUUUCUACAAUAACAAAAAGGAAAUCNNNUAAUGAUGAAAGUAAUGGACAAGAAAGUCAAGAUAAUGAUAAAUCUGAUGCACUAGAAGAUACAGUACCAAGGUCGCCAUCUCCCCCAGCCAAAAAGGCCCGCUUAAUUUUUCAAAAAUGUUUCCAUAAAACAUUUGAUCCAAGAACAUUGCCUGGGUAUGAUAUAAUUUUGGCUGAAGAUUCAGAUGAGUGUUGUAGUGAUUAA